CUCCAGCUAGUGGCAAAGUUUGGGAAUGGUAGUUGGUGGUUGGUUCUGUGAAAGACUGUGAGGGGAAGUGCUGCUUCUGCUCGGCCGAGGGGACUAUUGUUUUAAUUUCCAGUGAAACAAAACAUCACGGCUCGAGGGUUAACAUUUACACAGAAGCGUUUUCAAUCUGAACGACAGUAAUGACGGAGGACGUGAGCGCUCUGCCUUGGUCCAUUAGCAAGGAUGACUACGAGCUGGUGGAGGUGAUCGGGAGCGGAGCGACGGCGGUGGUGCAGGCAGCGCUCUGUGCUCCCAGGAAGGAGAAAGUAGCGAUCAAACGCAUCAACCUGGAGAAAUGCCAGACCAGCAUGGACGAGCUCCUGAAAGAAAUCCAGGCUAUGAGUCAGUGCCACCACCCCAACAUCGUGUCCUACUACACCUCGUUUGUGGUGAAGGAUGAGCUGUGGCUUGUGAUGAAAUUGCUCAGCGGAGGAUCAGUGCUGGACAUUAUAAAGCACAUCAUUUCCAGGGGAGAACACAGAAAUGGAGUUCUGGACGAGCCCAGUAUAGCUACUAUUCUGAAGGAGGUUCUGGAGGGUCUUGAAUACCUGCAUAAAAACGGGCAGAUUCACAGGGAUGUGAAGGCAGGUAAUAUUCUUCUUGGAGAAGACGGCUCUGUGCAAAUUGCAGACUUUGGUGUAAGUGCCUUCCUCGCAACAGGCGGGGACAUGACCAGGAAUAAAGUGAGGAAAACCUUUGUAGGAACCCCUUGCUGGAUGGCUCCGGAGGUGAUGGAACAGGUCAGAGGUUAUGACUUCAAAGCUGAUAUCUGGAGUUUUGGAAUCACCGCUAUUGAACUGGCAACAGGAGCCGCUCCUUACCACAAAUACCCACCCAUGAAGGUUCUAAUGCUUACCCUGCAGAACGACCCGCCAGGCUUGGAGACAGGCAUCCAGGAUAAAGACAUAGUGAAGAAAUACGGCAAGUCUUUCAGGAAGAUGAUCUCCCUGUGUCUUCAGAAAGACCCAGAAAAGAGGCCAACGUCGGCAGAGCUUUUAAAGCACAAAUUCUUCCAGAAAGCAAAGAACAAAGAAUUUUUACAAGAAAGGCUGCUGCAACGGGCGCCCACGAUAAUAGAAAGAUCUAAAAAGGUGCGGAGGGUGCCAGGCUCCAGCGGGCGGCUUCACAAGACGGAGGACGGGGAGUGGGAGUGGAGCGAUGACGAGCUGGACGAGGAGAGCGAGGAGGGGAAAGCUGCCGUCGCACAGUUAAGGUCACCCAGAGUGAAAGAGGGUUCACAAAACUCAGUGGACUUUCCACCAACAGAGCCUACAAGUAGUCAUCUUCAGCCUUCAGGGCAAGGGCCAGCACAACUACCUCAGCCUUCAGUCCAGGCCGCUAUACAGGCCCUCCCAGCCAACGCUCCACCCGCUGCCCAGGCUGCAGCCCCCAUACCAGGCCAGGCAGCUGCUCCUCAGGUGCCCCCUGCUGCUCCCUCUGCUGCUCCAGCAUACGAUGCUACGCAGUCACCCAUCAGUCUGGUAUUGAGGUUAAGGAAUUUAAAGAAGGAGCUGAAUGACAUUCGAUUUGAAUUCAUGCCUGGGAGAGAUACCGCUGAUGGAGUUUCCCAAGAGCUGGUUUCUGCCGGGCUGGUUGAUGGAAGAGAUGUAGUAAUAGUUGCUGCUAAUUUGCAGAAAAUUGUUGAUGACCCACAGACAACCCGAUCAGUCACUUUUAAACUGGUAAGUGGACAAAACGGACACGUGUUCCUUCAACCCCAAGACUGACUGGAGAAAUAAACAUCCCAUUAAGAGGGCUCAUACACUGUGCCUCUGGAGUUGAAGUCUCUGAAAUUCCAGAUGAUGUCAAACUUAUGGGAUUUGCACAUCUCAGCAUUAGUUAAACUACUCUUCCAGGGACGUGACUUGCCUAAAAAAAAAAGAGGCACUCCUGUGCUAAUUCCUCACUUUUAUUGGCCUAAUGAAAACCACUAUUGCCAAAGAAAAUUCUGAAAACGCUGCCACCCCCAUAGGAUUCGAAACGUCGCUUUGUAACUAAGAUGAUGUGUUUCUAAUGCAACUAAUAGGAAUCACACUAAAAUGUUUACAGUGUAUGUAUGUUUGGAAUGAAGCAAUCAUCAGCAUCCACCCCACCCAGAGCUUUUCUGCUUUCAUUUAAGACAUGCAAUCUCGACCUGCAAGUCCUGCUAAUGUAAACAUGCCUUCUGUUAAACAGUGCUACUGAAUACACAGCUGGGACCCCACUGCAGUACUGAACCCUAACUGUACAAAGGGUGUGCUUUCAGUUACUAACUUUAAGCUGUCCUUUAGGAAACCCAAUCAAUGCACACCUUGUAAUAGGGACACCUCACAUCUUCCUAUGUAUUCGUUCUGCGAUGCACACAUUAAGAAGUGUGCAUUAACUAGCUGUGUAGCUAGGGCUGUUCCAUUAGCAAGCACCAUUGAGUUCAAACUCAUCCAAACUCAUCAGAAAGGAGACCCGUUUAGAGGACUUGCAGGCAACACACUUGUGAUAAGGACAUUGCAUACAGUGGAUCUUUGCAGUUAGUUUCAUUUUUAUUUUGGCUCUGGUAGUUUUGGGUCUUUUGAUUAUAGGAGGGUCUAUAUGUUUGUUUCCUUUUAAGAAUAAACGUGGAUCUGGUGAGAUAUA